AUGUUUCACUGGAUAAGUAAUAGAAGUGUACAAAUACUGACGUUAACUUUAUCUGCAAUACUUUUUGAUUUGGUUUCUGCUAAUUUCAACUCAUCAUUUACCCCAGAGCAUUUGAGACAUCUUCGAAAUCAAACGAGAGGCUUAUUCAAGCAUGCUUGGAUAUCUUAUAUAAAUUUCGGGUUUCCAGCUGAUGAAGUGAGACCAAUCACAUGUGAACCUUAUGGGCAUGACUUCAAAAACAUAUUCAAUACCGUCCAAAAUGAUGCCAUGGGAAAUGUGUCACUGACUGUGCUAGAUAAUUUAGAUUCUUUAAUUAUCAUGGAAGAAUGGGACGAGCUAAAAAAAAUGCUUAGCUAUUUGAAAGAAGAAAAAGAUACGUUGUUUGAAAAGGACACAAUUGUUCAGGUCUUUGAGUCCACCAUAAGAAGUUUAGGAGGACUUCUAUCUGCCCAUUUACUUCUUACGGAUGUUACAAAUAGUGAAAUGAAAAUGGAAAAAUGGGCACCAUUGAAAGAAAUAUCAGAUGCAUACGAUGGAUUUCUUCUUAAGAUGGCAUAUGGAUUGGGAAAGAAGCUUAUAGUAGCUUUUAAAACACCUUCAAGCAUACCUUAUCCAAGGAUUAAUUUGGCUAAAGGACUUAAAGAUAUUCCGAUUACUCUUCAAAUAGACAAUUGUUUAUCUGGCGCCACGACUCCAGUACUUGAAUUCAAGCUACUAUCCAAAUUGACAGGAGAUCCAGAGUUUGAGUAUUUCACGCAGCAGACGUUUUGGAAACUCUGGUCGUCAAGACUGAUGCUUAAUUUGAUUCCUAUGACCAUAGACCCAAUUUCAAAUAAAUUCAAGGAUGCAAUUACUGGAAUAGGUGCCUCUGUUGACUCAUUUUAUGAAUAUGCAGUUAAAUCCUCAAUUGUUUUCAAUGAUGAAUAUAUGUGGAGUGUAUUCACGGAAUCAUAUAAAGCUCUUUUGACACAUCUGGCUCAAGGUGGAAGUUCAUCUGAUGGAUAUAUGCUUUUCCCUAAUGUUGGAGUGACAGAUGGGUCGUUAUUUUCUUCUUGGAUUGACCUGUUGGGGGCGUUCUUUCCUGGCCUACAAGUCUUAGCAGGACAGUUAUCAGAUGCUAUCAAAACGCAUUUAUUAUAUUUGAAGAUUUGGGAUUUCUUCGAUCUGAUACCUGAAAGAUGGACGUAUAUGCAAAGUUCAAUAUCACCAGAGAAUGGGUUAGAUGAUAUAAUUCCCUUGGAAUGGUAUCCUUUAAGGCCUGAGUUCAUUGAAUCAACUUAUUAUUUAUACAGAGCUACGAGAGAUCCUAUGUAUUUACUGAUUGGUGAACGAAUAUUAGAUUUAUUUGAAACUAGAUUUAAAACCACUUGUGGGUUCCAAGGAAUUCAGGACGUACGGACGGGCGAAAUUCAAAAUAGGAUGGAAACGUUCGUUAUGAGUGAAACUUUAAAAUACCUCUAUCUUUUAUUUGACACAAAAGAUGAAAUUUUUUUGCAUUCUGAUUUAAUGAGUAACAAGAAUUGGGUUUUUUCAACAGAAGCGCAUCCCCUAUGGUUUAAUAAACAUUUGGAUCCGGCAGUGUAUUUAAAGGGUCAGGGAGAGAAGCCAUUUCUCAAGUCAUUUUUAUCCUCAAUAAGCAAACACUACAAUAGCUCGCUUGAUAUUAAUUCAAGUGCUGUUUACAGAAACAUCUCUUCACCUCAAUCGUUCCACUUCGAUAUACCAGGUCUAGAAAGCUACCCCCAUAUAAAUGUUGCUGAUCCUUUCGAAUCAAGAUUUGAUCGAUGCGAAGUUAAUCCAUUACAGCAAUAUAAAAAGAGCUUUUUAAUGUCUGGCUUUUAUGUGCUAGACAAUUUAUUCCAUGCUGACAUAGCAUUUGAAAAGUCAUUUAUGAGACCAAGUUAUUUGCCGCAAGAAAUUUUAGAUGGAAGCUAUAUUGAACUAAGAAAGUCAUUUUUUGACAAGUUUUCGAUGUUUCUUCCUCUUACAGAAGAGCUAAGUUUUCAGUGCCCAAGGUUUGCAACCACCGAACAAUUUGAACUUAUUAUGGGAGACCUUGGAGCUAUAAAUGACAUCGAAAUUUCACAAAUCAAGUUGAACAGCCUGGCUAUAUCUUCAUCACUAGAAUCGCCGCUACUUGAGAAUGAUCUAUGGAUCCCGGAAUUAGUUGCUUUAAGACUCAAACUCGAGCGAUUGCAACCUGGCCUAGUUGAUGCUAAAAACUCCCUCAUAACUCACGACUAUAUACGUUCCUUGAGACCAGAUGAUUACGAAGCUAUAAAUUUCACUGGUACCUCUUCUAUAGCGGGCAACACAACCAAAGACGUGAAUAUGGCUCUUCGGUUGAACAAAGUCAAUGGAAUCUUUGUAAACUAUGGCCUGAUUGUGUGGACAUUGCCAUUCGUAGCUCCAAAACCAGAAGAUGGGUCUGAAGCACUACUAGGCGUUAAUAGCGACGGCAGAGUAUCAUUUAGGGGUAAUGUCAUCGAGAAUUUAAUGGUUUGGUACGGUUAA